CGGGAGCCGCGCCAGAGCUAGCGCCGGGGCCGGGCGCGCAGGAGUGAAAAGGAGGCGGCGGCCGCGGCUGCGAGCAACAGAUCCGGACGCCGCGAGCAGACGCGUUCUGCUGUUGGGCGAUUUUUUUUUUAAUUUCAAAAAUAUUAUUAAAUUAGAAAAUCCUGCGUUUUUAAAUGGCGCUGGCCCCAGGUCAGCGGGCGGUUUUCUCUGCUUCAAGAUGGGCUUUGCUGUUUCUGUCGUGGGCACCAGUGGUGGCCUGAUUGUCAGUCUUCUCCGGGCAUUUUUAAGGCCAGGAGCCGAGCACUGCAUGUAGGCGAAUCACCCCGCAGAGCAGUUUGGCUUUUAAAAUUAUUGUUAGUAUUUGGGGCAGUGGACAGCCGAUCUUGGGCACUUCGUCCCCUUUGCAGAAGAGACUGUGAGUCGGAGGUGGGUCGCUGGGAGAGUGGAAUUGCUCGCGGGUGAGCGAGCCCCGGCCCCGCGCACGGUCCAGGCGGCCCCGAGUGUGUGUCCUCUCCCUGCCGGCGCCGGGAAAAUGGAGGCUGUGAUUGAGAAGGAAUGCAGCGCGCUCGGAGGCCUCUUCCAGACCAUCAUCAGCGACAUGAAGGGGAGCUAUCCAGUGUGGGAAGAUUUCAUAAACAAAGCAGGAAAGCUACAGUCCCAGCUUCGGACCACAGUAGUAGCAGCAGCUGCCUUCCUGGACGCCUUUCAGAAAGUGGCUGACAUGGCCACCAACACACGUGGUGGCACCAGGGAGAUUGGCUCCGCCCUGACCAGGAUGUGCAUGAGACACAGGAGCAUAGAAACCAAGCUCAGGCAGUUCUCCAGUGCUUUGAUUGAUUGUCUGAUAAACCCACUUCAAGAGCAAAUGGAAGAAUGGAAGAAAGUGGCCAACCAGCUGGAUAAAGACCAUGCAAAAGAAUAUAAAAAAGCUCGCCAAGAGAUAAAAAAGAAAUCCUCAGAUACGCUGAAACUGCAGAAGAAAGCAAAAAAAGUGGACGCUCUCGCUCCACAGAGGUUUGAAUUGGAAUCUGUCCUCUCCAACAAACCCAAAAGGCCCAGAUCUCCUAUAACAGGGCGAGGCGAUAUCCAGCCUCAGUUGGACAGCGCUCUCCAGGACGUCAACGACAAGUACCUCUUGCUGGAAGAGACAGAGAAGCAGGCGGUCCGGAAGGCUUUGAUUGAGGAGCGUGGUCGGUUCUGCACCUUCAUCUCCAUGCUGCGGCCAGUGAUCGAAGAAGAAAUCUCAAUGCUAGGGGAGAUCACUCACCUUCAGACCAUAUCAGAAGAUCUGAAAAGCCUGACCAUGGACCCUCAUAAGCUGCCCUCCUCAAGUGAACAGGUGAUUCUGGACCUGAAAGGCUCUGAUUACAGCUGGUCGUACCAGACGCCGCCCUCUUCCCCCAGCACGACCAUGUCCCGCAAGUCCAGCGUCUGCAGCAGCCUGAACAGCGUCAAUAGCAGUGACUCGCGCUCCAGCGGCUCCCACUCCCACUCCCCCAGCUCCCACUACCGCUACCGCAGCUCCAACCUGGCCCAGCAGGCACCCGUCCGCCUGUCCAGCGUGUCCUCCCACGACUCAGGAUUCAUUUCCCAGGACGCUUUCCAGUCCAAGUCACCAUCCCCCAUGCCGCCAGAUGCCCCCAACCAGAACUCGUCCAGCUCGGCCUCCUCCGAAGCCUCCGAAACCUGCCAGUCCGUGAGCGAGUGCAGCUCGCCCACCUCGGUCAGCUCAGGCUCCACCAUGGGCGCCUGGGCGUCCACAGAGAAGUUGUCUAACGGGUUUUCUCACUGUAGUUUGCCAAGUGAGUCCCAUGUGGGGCCCGUGGGGGCAAGCCUUUCCCCUCAUUGCCCGCCUGCCUCCCGCCUGCUCCCUCGGGUCACCUCUGUCCACCUUCCAGACUUCGCUCAUUGUCACACCAUUGGGCCCGGCAUGUUCCCGUCAUCUCAGAUCCCUAGCUGGAAGGACUGGGCCAAGCCCGGACCUUACGAUCAGCCUCUGGUGAACACCCUGCAGCGCCGCAAAGAGAAGCGGGAGCCGGACCCCAACGGAGGAGGACCCACCGCCGUGGGCGGCGCGCCUGCAGCGGCCGAGGAGGCUCAGAGACCACGGAGCAUGACCGUGUCAGCUGCCAACAGGCCUGGUGAGGAGAUGGAGGCCUGCGAGGAGCUGGCGCUGGCCCUGUCGCGGGGCCUCCAGCUGGACACCCAGAGGAGCAGCCGGGACUCGCUGCAGUGCUCCAGUGGCUACAGCACGCAGACCACCACGCCGUGCUGCUCCGAGGACACCAUCCCCUCCCAAGUUUCAGAUUAUGAUUAUUUCUCUGUAAGUGGCGACCAGGAGGCAGAUCAGCAGGAGUUUGACAAAUCCUCCACCAUCCCGAGAAACAGUGACAUUAGCCAGUCCUACCGACGGAUGUUCCAGGCCAAGCGCCCGGCCUCAACGGCUGGCCUCCCCACCACCCUCGGACCUGCUAUGGUCACCCCAGGGGUUGCCACCAUCCGACGGACCCCUUCCACGAAGCCUUCUGUCCGCCGGGGGACCAUCGGAGCCGGUCCCAUCCCCAUCAAGACACCCGUGAUCCCGGUCAAGACCCCAACUGUCCCAGACCUCCCCGGGGUGUUUCCCGCACCUCCGGAUGGGCCAGAGGAGAGGGGUGAGCACAGCCCCGAGUUGCCCUCUGUGGGUGAGGGCCCCCAGGGUGUCACCAGCAUGCCCUCCUCCAUGUGGAGUGGCCAAGCCUCUGUCAACCCUCCUCUCCCAGGCCCGAAGCCAAGUAUCCCCGAGGAGCACAGACAGGCGAUUCCAGAGAGCGAGGCCGAAGACCAGGAGAGGGAUCCCUCAAGUGCCACUGCUUCCCCAGGCCGGAUCCCGGAGAGUGACGCUGCAGACCUGAGCCCCAGAGAUACUCCGCAAGGGGAAGACAUGCUGAACGCCAUCCGUAGGGGCGUGAAGCUGAAGAAGACCACGACAAACGACCGCUCCGCCCCCCGCUUCUCAUAGGCUCUCACGGGCUCCCCAGAAAUGCUGCCAGUGGGGGAGGAACUGUUCAAUCCAUAAAACCUAAUUUGUCUCGAUCCAUUCCAAUCUAUAAUCAGACAAAAGAUUUUGUAGGCAACUCAGAACACAGCUCUUUUGAAAGUACGCGACACCUUUAGUUAAGAAUUAAAAGUAACAUACAUAACUGACAUACCUUUGAUCUUUUAAUUUGUAAAUAUUGACCAUUUUCUUUCUGCACAUUUUAACCUUAGUUUCCCUUUUGAUUUUUCUGAAGGUGCCAAAUUCCAUUUAACUUUUUUACAAGUCUUUGUAAAAUUUUAAAUGCAUAAUGGGUGGGGGGGGGUGGUUGGGGCAGGGGAAACACAAAGUAGUUAAUUUCAGAAAAAAGGAUAACUCUACUUUAGCCUUUUCUUUUCUCUCCUUUUUUCCUGCAAGCUUUUGUAGAUGCAUUGUAGUAGUCUGGCUUAGAAGCAAAUUCAAGUUAUUUUAAUGUACAAACAAAAUGGAUCAAGGGGUAAAAAUCUUCCUUUACAUGUAGUACGUUCUGGCUGAGAAAAGCAGGAGUAACAAUUGAGCAAUAUUCAGAGUGAAGUAAAUCUGGAAAUGGUAGACUCUGUUGGGAUUGGGGGGAGGGCCAUGGGAGGGGCACACUGUCAGCAUAGCCGAUCCUGUUAACAUGUAAGAGUAGCCUCGUAGGUUGAAUUUCUAGUAGCUUCAUGGUAAAUGCAUCCGAAUAAGCCAUACUGGAUUGCAGUGUUUGUUUCUUUAGGGUGUUUAAGGACUUCCUUUCUCCCACGAUUCCUCCUGACUGUAUACAGCACCCACCUCCAGUCCGAGCAUGCUGCCGCCCCUGGGUAGACCCAGAGACCCCCACUUCAGUUCCUCGUCUCUUGUGCCCAUGUUCAUUGAAUCCAAACACAUCCAAAAAGGGUAAGGCAGUUUUAAAAAUGUGAAAACAUUUUAAAAUGAUAGCAGGGAAUUCUUAGAUAUAGCCAAUGCCUUUUACUUAACCGUGCCCAGCAGGCUGGGUGCGUUGAAAAGCCCAAAUAUUUUGAACAAACUCAAACGGAUCUAACAAGGGUAACCAGCUUGGAAUCUAGCAACUUGCCAAUGUGUUUACUGAUCUGGGGGCUUGUUUUUCUUCUCUUCUUUUAAAUAAGUGGCAGUUAAUUGGCAUCAUACCAAACAUUGAAGAAUGGAGGAUUUAUUUAUUGUCACUGGGAAUCUGACCACUAUAAUUUUUUUUUUUUUUUUUUUUUUUUUUUUUUUUUUUUUUUUUUGUAUUCUAGGUAUUCCAUUUUUGGAAUGGAUUUAUGGCUUUUCUUUUUUAAGUGGAAGUUAAAUUUGUUCUAAUGCCCAUUCCCUAAAGCCAACAGAGAUUUGUAGAUAUAAAGGGAUCUUGUUUGGAGAAGGAAACAGGUUUGAAAAAAACCAAGCAAGUCCCUUAGCACUUGGGUCCGUUUCUCUUGAAGGAAGCGGAGCUUGCGGGGGUCCCACAGACCCUGCAGGUUUCUGUUGGCUCGACUCUUCAAUUACAUAAUCUUAUGCUUUAAUACAUAACUGCAUUGGAUGUGAGAGUAAUGUACCUGUAAGUCACUGUUCUAUAUAUUAACAUUUAACACUGCUGUGAUUGCUCAAGGGCAUUUUAUGUUAUGGCUUUAAAGCAAAGGCAUGAUUAUUAGAAAACUAUUUAAGCUUUUUUUUCCUUUGAAAAACAAGCUCCUUCUACAGAAUAUAAGCAACAGUAGUGCCUGUGGUUUAGCCCACCAAUCUUGAUGACUAAAAGUAGCUGAUGCAUUGUGCAUAUGAUGCUUGAGAUGGUUUUUGCAAAAGCAGAAAUCACUGCAAGGUAAUUAAUUACAAUAGAUAAAAGUGGUAUUUUAAACCUUUGAAAUAAAUGGAUGUAACUGUACCUUGGUACAGCUUUCACUUGUUUAGUUUUUAAACGUUAGUAUAAUCUGAAUAAAUUUAAUAUAAAAUGUUGCCAAAUUCAAUGUAGAAAGAAUGUGACAACACACCUUGGGUAGUUCUGUUUGUGUUUUUGCAUAUUGUAAAAGCAGUGUCACAGCUGAAAAUAAAGACAUCGUUUCUAAAGGUAAAUUAUUGUGGUUUAGUUGCUAGUUUGUACUGAGAGUUGACCUCUCCCUGUGCAGUUUUUUUGUUCUAAACUUGUAUAAAUAACAAUCGUGUAUGUGUCUCCCUUCUACCUUGUAACAAUUGCUUCAGCCUACAUUAUAAAUAAAGAACCACUAGAAAAAGUC